AUCGUGCUGCUCUUUAUUCACAGCAUGUGGACACGUUCUGGGCUGUUCAUCAAGAAUAGUGACCAUGAAGACACAGUAUUUUACCCAAUGUUACACGCUACAAUCCCACUGCUUUCAAAUGACAACACAUUAUAAUUAUAUAUAUUUCUUCUCUUCCACAACAUGUGCAGACAUGGCUUCUGCAAACUAUGGUCCAUCUGAAGAUCAGUUCCUGUGCCCCAUCUGUCUGGAUGUGUUCACUGAUCCAGUCACCACACCAUGUGGACACAACUUCUGCAUGAACUGCAUCAAUGAACACUGGAAGACCAGAGACCAGAACCGGUGUCCAAUAUGUAAGAAGGACUUCACCACCAGACCUGUUUUGAGGGUCAACACCAUCACUGACUUGAUUGUUCAGUUCAGACAGUCCACUCAGCAGAAAGCCAGCAGCAGCAGCUCAGAGCAACAAGAGUCCAAACCAGGAGAAGUUCCCUGUGAUGUCUGCACUGGAACCAAAGUGAAGGCCCUCAAGUCCUGCCUGGUGUGUCUGGUCUCCUACUGUGAGACUCACCUGGAGCCUCAUCUGACAGCUUCACGCCUGAAGAGACAUCAGCUGAUGGACCCUGUGGAGAACCUGGAAGGCAGGAUGUGUACGAAGCACUUGAAUCCUCUGGAGCUGUUCUGUAAGAGCGACCAGACGUGUGUUUGCAUGCUCUGCACUGUUUUAGACCACAAGAACCAUGAUGUUGUUCCUCUGGAAGAAGAAUAUGAAGAAAAGAAGGUUGAGCUGAAGAAGACAGAAUCUGAAAUCCAGCAGAUGAUCCAGAAGAGAAGAGUGAAGAUUCAGGAGAUCAAACAGUCGGUGGACCUCAGUGAGGAAGAUGCAGGCAGAGAGAAAGCAGAAGGUGUUCAGGUCUUCACUGAUCUGAUGAAGUCUGUUAGAAGAGGCUUGAAGGAGCUCCUCAAAACAAUAGAAGAGAAGCAGGAAACCACAAAGAAACAGGCUGAAGCGUUCAUCAGAGAGCUGGACCAGGAAAUCUCUGAGCUGAUGAAGAGGAGCGCUGAGGUGGAGCAGCUCUCUCGCUCUGAAGACCACCUCCAUCUUCUCCAGUCCUUAAACAUCCAUCAGCCACCACCCACCAAGGACUGGACAGAGGUCAGUGUUUGUCCUUCAUAUGAGGGGAUUGUGGUGAAAGCUGUGUCUCAGCUGAAGGAGACACUCAGUGAAAAGAUGAAGAAGGUGCUUGAAGCUGAGCUGAAGAGGGUCCAGAUGUUUGCAGUGGAUGUGACUCUUGAUCCUGAAACAGCUCAUCCUUAUCUCAUCCUGUCUGAUGAUGGGAAACAAGUGAAACUUGGUGAUGUUUGGAAGAAUCUCCCAAACAACCCAGAGAGAUUUUCUCAUUGUUCCUGUGUUAUAACAAAGCAGAGUUUCUCUUCAGGCAGAUUCUACUUUGAGGUUCAGGUUGAAGGAAAGACUGAGUGGUUUUUAGGAGUGAUCAGAGAGUCUGUCAACAGGAAGGGAAACAUCUCAUUGAGUCCUCAGAAUGGUUACUGGAUCAUACGUUUGAUAAAUGGAAAUGAAUACACAGCUCUUGAUGAUCCUCCAGUUGAUCUCUCUGUGAAGUCUGGUCUUCAGAAGGUGGGGGUGUUCGUGGACUAUGAGGAGGGUGUGGUCUCCUUUUAUGACUUAGAAGCUGCAGCUCUCAUCUACUCCUUCACUGGCUGCUCCUUCACUGAGAAACUCUUCCCCUACUUUAAUCCUGGUCCUUAUAACGGUGGAAGAAACGCUGCUCCUCUGAUCAUUUCUCCAGUCAAACGCUGCUGGGGGUUGGCGCCCAUGAGAGAAUGAGAAGACGUUGCCACUUCACUACAAGGACGACUCGAGGAAAAACGAAGCGUCGACUAAACUCAGCGAAGAAGAGUUACAGUGAAGACCAGAUCCUCCUCGUGGCAGCAGCACGUCUGAGCUUCACAUUAGAAGAAGCACUGACACAUUCCUACUGUGUCUUUAUAUGAUAAAAUGUAAAUGGGAAACAGUAUUUAAUGUUAAUUGGUGAUCACUUUGGUCAUUUUUAAACCAAUCGUUGACCUUGUGG